AUGAGUUCGGCCUGGGUCACCACUUUGGAGAAGGAGCAUCUCUGGAUGUAUCUGCAGGCACUCGGCUUCGAGCUGGGCUCGGUGACCGUAGCCUGUGGAAAGAUGGUGUCGCACACGCACCUCGGAGUGAACAUGUUUGACAAGUUGAACUGUGAGGCCUUUCAAAUAGUUUCUUAUUUUUUGUUUCAAACGCUUGACCAGUCUCUUAGUAAAGAAGUGUUCAAACUUUGUUGGCCUCCAUUUGACCAAAAAAGUGAUACUGAAUUCCGAAAACAUUGCUGUGAAUGGUUAAAAAAGAUUUCUGCUGAGUGUGGAAGUAGCUUUUCUCCAGUUGUGGGUUCACUAUUUCUUUCUCCUGGUGGUCCUAAGUUUAUUCAUUUGAUGUAUCACUUUGCAAGAUCUGUUGCAAUAAAAAAUAUAAAAACCCAUUCUAAAAAUUCUGUACAUUUUACAGAGACAUUUAAUGUAAAGCCACAAGAUUUGCACAAGUGCAUUGCCAGAUGCCAUGUAGCACGUAACAGAUUUUUACAAAUUUUGCAGAGAGAAGAUUGUGUUACCUCAAAAUGCCAGGAAAAUGCACAAUUGUCAGUUAAACAAGCACGAAAUUUGAGAUCAGAAUGUAUAGGACAGCAAAACCAAAUUAAAAAAAUGGAACCCUAUGAUGACCAAAUUAAUAUACAAGAGAAAAUUCAAAAGGUUCGGUCUUUGUGGGCUUCAGUGAAUGAAACAUUCAUGUUUUUGGAAAAAGAGAGAGAAGUUGUUAGUUCAUUCCUUAGUCUUGUUAACCAAUAUACUUUAGAUGGAACUAAUGUUGCUAUCAAUAUUCCAAGGCUCUUACCUGACAAAAUUGAGAAACAAAUGUGUCAGUUGCACAUAAGAAAUGUUUAUGAGGCUGGAAAAUUGAAUCUCUUAACAGUUAUUCAGUUAUUAAAUGAAGCCUUGAAAGUAAUGAAAUGUGAACAUUGUCAGGCUGACCAAGCAAGACUGACAAUAGACCUUCACUUCCUUGAAAAAGAGACCAAAUUUCAGAGAGAAAGACUGUCAGAUCUGAAACAUAUGAGUCUAAUUAAAGGUUGGACUCCAGCUGUGGAUCUUUUACCACCUAUGUCUCCCCUUUCGUUUGAUCCUGCCUCAGAAGAAGCAUACACAAAGAGUAUUCUUCUGCAAUACCCUGCUUCACUUCCAGAUACACCUAAGCAACAUAUCCAGGAAAAUGGUUGCAGAAGGGCAAGUGAUAUACUGGAAACUAAAUGUGAUCUAGCCAAGAGCCCUGCUUCUUUCCUGUUACAGCUCAUUUCACCAUCAGAUAGAAACAGUGUUACACUACUUGAAAAGGACAGGAAGCUGACAUCUUCUAGAGAGAAAAAUGAAACAGUUUCUAAGAAAACACCAGAAUUUGAAGUGGGAGACUCUUCAUCAUCAAAUAUUGCAAAGAGUAGUGCAUUUGGAGGGUCUCUGCCAGCUAAAAGUGAUCCAUUCCAAAAAUAGCAAGGUCAUCUGGUAGAAGAGGUUGCAAGGGCAGUUUUAUCUGAUUCACCACAACCUUCUAAAGGAAAAGAAGUAAUGUUAGAGGAACUAAUUGACUCUCUAGUUUCUAACCUGUUCUUAACAAGGAAUCAAGUUCCCUGAACUCCAGAAAACUUGAUAAGUGAUAUUAGGAGCUCAUGGAGAAAAGCUGUUAAAAUAGAAGAAAACAGAAGUACAGAACCAAUUCAGAUGGAUACUGAACAUAGAGAAGUGUUGCCAGAAUCCUUACCUGUGGUGCAUAAUCAAAAAGAGUUUAACAGGGCCAGUUUUUUCUCAGUAACCACUGUGUCCGAUUCUAGCCAUUCUCAUUUGCCUGAAGAGAAAGUUGUUUCAGAUUGCCUUAAGUGUGUGCUUCAGAAACCUGUGGUGACCAGUUACAUAGGUGAACCAACAACACAAAAUCUGUCAGAUUUGUUAAAUAAGGACAUAAUUUGUAAGCAAGAUUUGGAAUGUACAGCUUUACAGAACAAGCUUUUAGAAACUAGCCAAAUAGAGACAUUCUCCCCUGCUGUAGGCAGUAGGAGAGAUGUGAUAGGUAGCAGUGAAGAAUAGUAUAUUAAAAUAUCAGACCACUCGAAAGCUUUUUACAGAGAUCUUUCCAUGCAUAAAAGUAUGUUAUGGAACUCUUUUCAGGUAUCAAGUGGAAUUAGUUCUAGUUUUAAAGAUAGUGAUUUUGGCAUAUUACAUGAAAUUCUUCCAGAAGAAGUUGGUCACUUAAGUCUUAAUAGCUCCAGUAGUACAGAGGCCAAUUUUAAACUGGAAGCAAAUAGUCCUAUGCACAGUGGCAUUUUCCCAGAAGGUGUUGUGGAAGGAAGACAAACUACUCCAGAAUCAGACUUUAAUUCACAGGCUACUUGCAGUGGAUAUGAAGCUCUGAAGAAAUGUCUGUCCAAGCAAAGGGAAGAAAUUUGCCUCUCUAAUCCUGAAACACUUGAAAGCAAACCUGAACUGAGCCUUACUUCCCAAUACAUGCAAACUGAUGAUAUGCUUAACUGUUUGGGCACUCAUGAUUUGCACGCUGACUAUACAAAACCAUCUUCACGCAUGUCCCUUGGUGAAAGAAAACGGUCUCUUUCACCACUAAUUAGGUUUUCUCCAGUGGAACAAAGAUUGAGAACCACAAUACCAUGUAGUCUUGGAGAACUUCUACCUAAUUUAACAGUCAAUUUUGCUGGAGAAGAAAUCUUGAAUAAGAGCCUUGAUGCAAAAGAAUCUCCAUCUGACUUGAAAGAUGAAGCAGUAGCCCAGUCAAUUUAA